AUGGACGUGGGCAAGGCGAUCGCCGCGUACAUGGAGCGCAUGCUCAAGGAGGUGCAGGGCAUGAAGAUCCUGCUCCUCGAUGAGCACACGACGCCGACUGUGUCCGCGGCCUACACGCAGUCCGCGCUGCUCGAGCAGGAGGUGUACCUGACCGACAAGCUCGCGAACGCGCGGCGCGAGCGCAUGCCGCACCUGACGUGCAUCGUGUUUGUGCGCCCCAGCGCUGCAUCCAUCCACGCGCUCUGCGAGGAGCUGCAGCAUCCGCGCUACAGCGCGUACUGGCUGUGUACGUGCGCGCCGCUGACGCCAGACUUUAGCCACGCCGUGUCGAAAGCGCACAUCGAGCAGCUGGCCGAGGCGGACCAGCACCAGGCCGUGCAGGCCGUACAGGAGUUCUUUGCGGACUAUGUCCCGGUGACGUCGUCGCACUUUUCGCUGCACUACGCCGUCCCACCCCAUGCGCUCUGGGGCCACACUACCUCGACGUGGGACGCGGACGCGCUCGACGUGCACACGCGCGCGCUCACGUCCGUGCUCCUGAGCCUCAAAAAGAAGCCGGUCGUCCGGUACGAGCGCAUGAGCGGGCUGGCCAAGACCCUCGCGCACGAUGUGGUGCACCAAAUGGACACGGCGCUGGCGCCCCUGUUCGACUUUCGGCGCACCGAUGUGCCGCCGCUGCUGCUCAUCCUGGACCGGCGGAACGACCCUGUGACGCCGCUGCUCACGCAGUGGACGUACCAGGCAAUGGUGCACGAGCUGCUCGGCAUCGACAACGGGCGCACGACGAUGCACACGGAGCAGGGCGCGCAGGACAUCGUGCUGUCCGUGGACCACGACCCGUUCUUUGCCGCCAACCUGUACGACAACUUUGGCGACCUCGGCGCGUCGAUCAAGGAGUACGUCGUGCAGUUCCAGGCGCGCUCCGCGUCCAACGCCACGAUCGAGACGGUGCAAGACAUGAAGCGCUUCGUCGACGCGUACCCCGAGUUCCAGCGCCUGCGCGGCAACGUGAGCAAGCACGUCGCGCUCCUCGGCGAGCUCAGCGCGCUCGUCGAUGCGCGCCGCCUCCUGACCGUGAGCGAGCUCGAGCAGAGCCUCGCGACGCGCGAGAGCCACGCAAGCGACCUUAAGAACGUGCAGUCGCUCCUGGCCGAUCCGCAGAUCGGCGCGGACGCCAAGCUGCGCGUCGCAAUCCUCUAUGCGCUGCGCUACCAGACCCUAAGCAGCCACCAGAUCGAGGCCGUGGUGCGCCAGCUGGUCGACGUCGGCGUCCCGGAAAGCGACGUCGCGUUGGUGUACGUCCUGCUCAACCUCGCCGGCGCGGACCAGCGGCAGGGCGACUUGUUCGCGAACGAGAACCUGUUCGCGCGCGGCAAGAGCGCGCUCCGUGGCCUCAAGGGCGUCGACAAUGUCUACACACAGCACACGCCGCACCUGGUGCAGACGCUCGAUCAGCUCAUGCGCGGCAAGCUGCGCACCGCGCACUACCCGUUCGCCGGCUCAGAUGCGUCGAACGCGCUCGACGCGCCUGCGACCGUGUACCCCGGCGGGCCGCCCACGCGGCCCCAGGACGUGGUCGUGUUCGUCAUUGGCGGCACCACGUACGAGGAGGCACGGAUGAUCGCGCUCCUCAAUGGCGCAGCGAGCGCGGCGCCCGGGGCGGGUGCCGCGCCGGCGCCGACCUGGCCCGGCACCCGCUUCCUGCUGGGCGGCACGACCGUGCAUCGCUCGCGCACGUUCCUCGAUAUGGCACAGCAUGUCGCCGCGCGGCACCCGUCGCUCACGCGCGCGCCGCCCGCGCUCGGGAGCCGCGGCCCGCCGUCGCUGCGCUUGGGGCCGGCGCCCUGGGGCGAGAGCCACGAUCUCGGGCAGGUUGCGAGCGGGGCGCGCGAUAUGGCGCAGGGCCUCUUGGGGCGCGUCAUGCGCGGCAUCGAUUCGCCGUUGUAG